CCUCGGCCCGCGCCCCGCGCCCCGCGCCCCGCGCUCGCUCUGCGUCCCGCUCCGCGCCCGCUCUGCGCCCGGCGCCCGGCUCCCUGCGGCGGGCGGCGGUCAUGAGGCUGCGGGCGCGCGGUCCCCGGGUCGCCCCCGCCUCCGGCGCGGGGGCCGGCGACGCGCGGCGGCUGGCGCCCCCGGGGCGGAACCCCUUCGUGCACGAGCUGCGCCUCGGCGCCCUGCGGAAGGCCCAGAUGGCCUUCAUGACGCUGACACUCUUCCCCAUCCGGCUGCUGCUCGUCCUGAUCGCGAUGCUGCUCGCCUGGCCCUUCACGUUCUUCACCACGCUGGGGUCCUCGGAGAGGGAGCCCGAGCCGUCCCCGGCCUCGUGGCGGAAGGUCGUGGACGUCCUGCUCAAGGCCAUCAUGCGCACCAUGUGGUUUGCCGGAGGCUUCCACUGGGUGGUGGUGAAGGGGCAGCAGGCCCCACCCUCUGAGGCUGCCAUCCUCACUCUGGCGCCCCAUUCCUCCUACUUCGACGCCAUCGCUGUCACCAUGACGAUGUCCUCCAUCGUGAUGAAGGCGGAGAGCAGGAACAUCCCAAUAUGGGGAACUCUGAUAAAGUACAUCCGGCCGGUGUUCGUGUCCCGGUCGGACCAGGAUUCCCGCAGGAAGACCGUGGAGGAGAUCAGGAGGCGGGCACAGUCGAACGGAAAGUGGCCACAGAUCAUGAUUUUUCCAGAAGGAACAUGUACCAACAGGACAUGCCUAAUUACCUUCAAGCCUGGUGCGUUCAUCCCAGGAGUUCCUGUCCAGCCUGUGGUUCUGCGGUACCCGAACAAACUGGACACCAUCACGUGGACGUGGCAAGGACCUGGAGCGUUGAAAAUCCUGUGGCUCACGCUCUGUCAGUUUCACAAUCGAGUGGAAAUCGAGUUCCUUCCCGUGUACAGCCCCUCGGACGAGGAGAAGAAGGACCCGGCCCUGUAUGCCAGCAACGUGCGGCGCGUCAUGGCAGAGGCCCUGGGCGUCUCGGUGACCGACUACACGUAUGACGAUUGCCAGCUGGCCCUGGCGGAAGGCCAGCUCCGUCUCCCCGCGGACACCUGCCUUCUCGAGUUCGCCCGGCUGGUGAGGGGCCUGGGGUUGAAACCAGAAACACUGGAGAAAGAUCUGGAUAAAUACUCCGACCGGGCCCAGACGCAGGGGGGACGCAGGGUGGGCCUCCCCGAGUUCGCCGAGUACCUGGGCGUCCCCGUCUCAGACACACUACGAGACCUGUUCUCCCUGUUUGAUGAGAGUGGAGACGGCACGAUGGAUCCUCGGGAGUAUGUCGUCGCCCUGUCCGUCGUCUGCCGGCCGUCCCGGACUCUGGACACCAUCCAACUGGCAUUCAGGAUGUACGGGUCACAGGACGGCUGCGUCGAUGAAGGCGCCCUGUCCAGCAUCCUCAAGACCGCCUUAGGCGUGGCCGAGCUCACCGUGACCGACCUCUUCCGGGCCAUCGACGAGGAGGAGACGGGGAGGAUCACGUUUGCCGACUUCCGCAGGUUUGCAGAAGCGUUCCCCGACUUUGCAGAGGACUACCUCUACCCUGACCAGACGCGUCCUGAGAGCUGCCCGCAGACGCCCCCAGCUCCAGCCCCCAACGGCUUCUGCGCUGACUUCAGCCCUGAAAACUCGGGCGUUGGGAGGAAACCUUUCCGGAAGAAACUGGACUAGGAUGAAGGUUUCUGGCAAGAUGAGGCGUCUCCGUGGCCCAGUCACCACCCGCCUCCACGUGGCCGUGCGCCCGCCGGCCUCAGGCCCAUCCACAAGACUCGGGCUCGCCACCCUGCUCCUCCGUGGACAGCCCCGCGUGAGGGAGGCCGCGUGGCCGGGUGCCUGUCCCCGUCGCCCGGACCAUCCUGGCUCGUUUCCACCACGGUCUCUGCCACGUCCCCGUUCGUGUCCCUUCUCGGCGGCUCGCCCGGCGGACGGGCCUCCACGUGCACGCGCGACACACGCUUGAGACCAGGGCGCGUCACGCGCGUUUCCAUCCCAGCACAGACCGUCCGCCGACCUUGGGGGUCACAGGCUGGCUGGGCCGCAUCUAAUUUUAAACGUUUCUGUAUCUGUGGGCGCUCGCGGGCGUUUUAUAAACUUCGUUUAGAUACUUCGGGAAGCUCACAGCGUUUUUUAAAAAAAAAAAAACAAAACUUGUUUUCUACUUCAUUUUUCCUUUCAGGGCUAGA